UUCCUCAGAGUGGGGAGAAGUUAGCAGUCGGGUGCCAGUCUGGUCCGUAGCCACGAUGGAUGCAAUACCAUGCUUUCUGCUCGUCCUGCUGUUCGGGACAAGGAUACAAGAAAACACCGCCCUCCAGUGUUACUGUGACCGCUGCAGCGCCAACUCCAGCUGCACAACAGAUGGCGUCUGCUUCGUCGCCGUGCGCCAGUCAGGUGCCCAGCAGACCACCGAGCAGCGCCAGUGUGUACACGAAAACGAACUGAUCCCGCGAGACCGGCCCUUCAUCUGUGCCCCAUCCGUCAAACACGACAGCGGCAUUUACCCGCUGUGCUGCACCACGGACUACUGCAACGAGAAGCCCAACUUCACCAUCACACCUGUUCCUACAGUGAAGACUCCUCCGCUGGGCCCCGUGGCCCUCGCCGCUGUCAUCGCUGGCCCAGUAUGUGUGCUCUGCCUGCUGCUGGUUCUGGCCUUCUAUGUUUGCCACAGUCACAGGGGUCUGGGGGCCGGGGGCGCCGGGGCUCACCAUCACCACCACCACCGGGUGCCCAAUGAGGAGGACCCCUCCAUGGACCACCCCUUCAUCACCGUUGGCACCACGCUGAAGGACCUCAUCUACGACAUGACCACCUCAGGAUCAGGAUCAGGUCUGCCACUGCUGGUCCAGAGGACCAUUGCCAGAACCAUCAUCCUCCAGGAGAGCAUUGGGAAGGGGCGUUUUGGCGAGGUGUGGCGUGGUAAAUGGCGUGGCGAGGAGGUGGCUGUGAAGAUUUUCUCUUCCCGAGAGGAGCGCUCCUGGUUCCGCGAGGCUGAGAUCUACCAGACUGUGAUGCUGAGACAUGAGAACAUUCUGGGCUUCAUUGCUGCUGACAAUAAAGAUAACGGGACGUGGACUCAGCUGUGGCUGGUGUCGGACUACCACGAGCACGGCUCCCUGUUCGACUACCUGAACCGCUACACCGUCACUGUGGAGGGCAUGAUCAAACUGUCCCUGUCCACGGCCAGCGGCCUCGCCCACCUCCACAUGGAAAUAGUGGGCACGCAAGGAAAGCCAGCUAUUGCCCACAGAGACCUGAAGUCAAAGAACAUCCUGGUGAAGAAGAACGGGACCUGCUGCAUCGCUGACCUGGGUCUGGCUGUCCGUCACGACUCUGCCACAGACACCAUUGACAUUGCUCCAAACCACAGAGUGGGAACCAAAAGGUAUAUGGCUCCUGAGGUUCUGGACGACUCCAUAAACAUGAAACACUUCGAGUCAUUCAAGCGAGCUGACAUCUACGCCAUGGGCCUGGUCUUCUGGGAGAUCGCCAGCCGCUGCUCUAUGGGAGGCAUUCAUGAGGACUACCAGCUGCCCUACUACGACCUGGUUCAGUCGGAUCCAUCGGUGGAGGAGAUGAGGAAGGUGGUUUGUGAGCAGAAGCUUCGGCCCAACAUUCCUAACCGCUGGCAGAGCUGUGAGGUGAGACGGAUGAGUCCAGCAUGUUUCUGAAGCCUUAACGCAUAUGAGCUGUUUGUACUCUGUUUACUCACAGUAUUCACAGAAAACCUGACACACGACUGAACAUCUGCACAUGUAGUAUGUGUACAUACUGUAUAGGAGGUCAUGUGUAGAUCUGGAUCAGGCUCAGCACCUCAGCCACCGUAGUGUCUGGCAGCAUCCAGACAGCUCUGAUGAUCUUUAUGGGUUCUACAUUUUAAUUCAGAAAUGGUUUGUUUUCACCAGAACAGUUACACCUCUGCAACAAAAACAUACCAACAAAGUGCCUGUGAACACGGGUCAUGUGACCCCUCUGAGCCACAAGUGCCAUAUUCAUUUGGAACUUGUGUGUUAUUUCUGAUGUUUUCUACAGACAGCUUAGGUGUGGAUGAUGGAGAGUCUCCUCAUACAGUCUCUCCUCAGACCAAUCAUUUGCUUUAAGCACCAUUUGUUUUCCUGGUUUAUGUUGGUGCUGCACGUGGACCCUCACAGACCGGCUCACAGUUACGCCGUGCACACUGCUGCAGAAGCUUCCUCUUUGGAUUAUGGUUAGAUAUGAUUUUGUGAGAUUCUGAACUUCUUCAUAAAAGGAGGCAGUUUAAACUUGUGAUUAUUUACGGUGUAGGUACUUCCAGUCAAAAGAACAA